CAUUUUGGCUCCAGGUAUAUCCAAGCCUUCCCACCCGGGCCGCCACUGCGAGACUGAUCCUAGACAGACAGAGGCGCAGAAAAGGCAGAAGAAGACAGCCCAGGCAUGCCGUCCAAGCGCCGCAACAACGGCCGCUCCAAGCACGGCCACGGCCACUCUGCCAUCGUCCGCUGCUGCAACUGCGGCCGCUGCGUGCCGAAGGACAAGGCCAUCAAGCGGUUCCAGGUCCGCAACAUGGUUGACGCGUCGUCCCAGCGCGACAUCCGCGACGCGAGCGUGUACCAGACGUUCAUGCUCCCGAAACUCUACAUGAAGAUGCUGUACUGCGUGUCCUGCGCCAUUCACGGCCGCGUCGUCAGGGUCCGCAACAAGGUGUUGCGCGCCAGCCCAGAGGGCCGCAUCUACGUGCGCCCUGCGUUCGGCAAGGGCGGCGGCAAGGGCGCCUAGGGCGACGGCAAAUGAGGGUGGGGCCGACCGAUCUGGCGGCCGCCUUGGCAGAGUUCCUGGUGCCGUGCGAGAGGCUAAAAGGAAGCAAGCGCAACAACAUUUCAGAGGAGAGUUGUGGCUAGCAGCGCACGUUUCUACGUUGCCCGAGAUACGGUGACAUUGGGGACCGGCGUCCUAAUCGCGAGAAAGACAACGGCCAGCAGCAGCACGCGGCUAAAGCAGCAUGACUUUCCGUCGUGCCCGAAGUAGGUCGUACAGUGGG